AUGGACGUCGGAUCCUCAGAGCUGUGUAAAAGAAACAACUUCCACUGCCAUUUAAAACCUACAAAAGAUGCAACAUGUUUACUAACAUUUUCAAUCAGGGAAAAGGGUAUAAAUAUAAGACAUAAGACCAAAAAGGCAAUUAUGUUUAUAUGUGCAAAUGCUCAGAAUGCGCAGUGUAAAUAUCACUGUAAGAGCCAAGUAGCCAUCACGCUCAAGUUGACCCCAACCAAACCGUGCUUUGCGAUUCAUGGUCGUGGUUCGAAAUGUGGUGAUAUCCUCGAAUAUCUCAAGUUCUUGAUGCAGACUAACUCCAGAACGGGAGACUUCACCAAAUCGGGCUAUUUAGCCGACAAAUCUCGAGGAGAGAGCCUUGCUGAAACCAAACCAAGUUUUGCAACACAGUUUCGAGCAGAUGAUAAAGAUGAUUUUGACCCACGCCAAGCAGCCGUCAUGCUAAUGAACAUGGAUGAAAUGCCACAAUCACUGGCCGAGUCCACCAGGAUUGAUGCAAGAGAAUUUAAACAUGUUCCAGCUUGUAAGACACAGAAGCUAAAGCUACCCGACGUGAUCAAUCCCUUUGCCGACGAUCUCCUGCAAACUCUCCUGCUAAACAUGGAACAUCCUGUUGAGGAGCGAGGAGGCUUUGUGCUGCAACAGGGAAAGCUACCUCAAGUGAAGCCAAAUAGCCAGAUCACCCUUGGAGGCGAGAUGUUCCAUGUGCGGCGCUUACGAGGGGAGGGAGCCUAUGCCAAGGUGUUCCAGGCCUCGACACUCGACCCCAUGAAUGUCACCAUUAUGCCCUCUUUUGAUGACAGUGAUGAAGAUGAUGAGGAUGAGGAUGACGAGAAGCAGAUGAUUCUGAAAAUUCAAAAGCCCUCAUGCCCAUGGGAGUUCUACAUUUGCCAUGAACUCCGUGAACGGCUGAAGGCUGAGAAUGCAUCCAUCAACAUGCUGGAUUCAGUCAUGAGAAUAAACAGGGGAUACUUCUAUAAUAAUGGGUCAAUCCUGGUGAACCAGUACCACAAGUAUGGCACAAUACUGGACAUAGUGAACAGAUACAAGGUUGCUGGCAAGACUGUCCCAGAAGAACUAGCCCUGUAUUUCAUGGUGGAGGUCCUGUCUAUCCUUGAGGCGCUGCACAGUUGCAACAUAAUUCAUGCUGACAUAAAGCCUGACAAUUUCCUGAUCCGCAACACCCCAGUCAUAGAUGCAACAGCAAGAUCCCCAGCCGAGAUGUUUGCAAGCUGUCCAACCUCAGUCAAACUGAUUGAUUUUGGUCGAAGCAUUGACAUGCAGUUGCUGCCUGAGGGAACUACCUUUGUGGAAAAGGUAACAACAGAAGGGUUUACUUGUUGUGAAAUGAGAGAAGGCAAGCCUUGGACCUACCAGCCUGACCUCUAUGGAGCUGCAGCAGUUGCUUUCUGCCUUCUCUUUGGUUCCUAUAUGGAUGUCAAGAAGAGUAUGAGUGGCCAGUGGGAACUGAAGGGUGUCACUCUUAAAAGGUACUGGAAGAAGGAGCUGUGGCAGUCGGUCUUCUCCACUCUGUUGAAUGUACCCUCCUGCGCUGCCAUCCCUAGUCUGUCCAAGCUCAAGCAAAUUAUGACUACCUUCUUUGAGAACGGCAUGCAAAACGAGUUCAAUGUGAAGGUUCAGCAACUGUUCACCAUGAUGAUUCAGAAGACCUGA